AUGGCUAGGAUAAUGCAGACGGCGACUGAUCCAAAUUACAAGAGCGAAGGCUCAGGCGGCCAAACGCCUGAGGGAGAAACGUCUGGUCAGGGUGACCAGACGGCCCUGGAGAGAUCCCCUCCGCACGCCCCUUCAACCCCCGCUGACUCUUUUUUGGAAGAGUGCGACCAAGGCAGCGACGAGGCCGCCUCUGCCCCCUUGAGUCAAAGUGAGGAGGAGACGGAGAGCGACAGCUCCGCCUCUACCUCUGAGAGCAGUGACGAUUUACCCCCUCUUCCGGAUAGCGAGGAGGAAGAAAGGAAAAAGUGGAACGAGAAGGACGAUCCCUUCAACAUCCAUGUCUCCUCCAAGGACCGGAUUCAAAUGGAGGAAAACUUGAAGAAUUUUACUAAAAUGCACCCGCUAGGAGACGGGUAUAGGAUCCAGGUGCCGCCUGAGAAUGGCACCGUUGCCUGGGAGGACGAUCAAGAGAACGCCAACAGCUAUUUCGGCUGUUAUGAGGCGGCGUUCAAGGCUGAAGAAGCAUUGACCAUGUUGCAGACGGAGAAAACCCCCAAGCGAUCCUCUGCAGUCAUCCGCAAGGCUCUUGCGGAACAGGCUGCGGCUGAGGUCAAAGCCAAGGGGAGAGAGGUUGGAAAGACGUUUGAGAAGAAACUCAAACGGGCUAGGGAGGAGACUCCCUCCGUUCUCAACAAAAUCAAGAAAUCCACCUCUGCGUCAACUCCUAGCGCCUCAGCCGGGCAUCAGCAGAUGCGGAUAGCGGGGCGUAACGAGAAGACGUCUAAAAUCCAGCAGCUAGAGGCGGAUAUGGAGACGGCCAAACAGCGGGCGGCUGAUGCUGAGACGGCCCGGAAGAAGGCGGAGGAGGCCAGGAAGAAGGCUGAUGAGAGUGCCAAAAAGGCUAAUGAGGCGCUCAAGAAGGCUCAGACGGACCUUGGCAAUCUUCAGGGUGUUUCUGAAGAGAACACCAACCUGAAGACCAAGGUUCAAAAACUAGAAAAGGAGGCUGCUCAGGCUCAGAAGAACUUUGCAGCAACCCUGGAGGCAGAGCAAAACCGCCUCGUUGCUGAGAGUGACGCUGAUAGUGACGCCCGAAUGAAGAUCGCCUGGGUUGCCCUGUACCCGGACGCGGAUUAUGGCGUUUGGGCACUGGCUCACAGGUACGCCGAGGACGUGGUGUACCUGAGAGAGAAGGGUGAUCCAGAGCCUGAGUCCUUCGACGCCUGGAUUAAUGCCAACAAUGAGCCCCUUGUACCUCAGCUACCUGGUCCGGGUGAAGCGCAGGAGAUACCCUCAGAUGAUGAGGAGGAGGAACAGGAGGAGCCGCCUGCAGGCCAGAAGUGA